CUCGGCUGGUGGCAAAGUGUGAGGCGGCCCUUGACCCCGCUCCGCGGGCCGCCCUGGCCCCACGAGGCUCUCGGGCUGGCCGACGACUCUCGUGGGCAGCCCCUCCUCACGCUGUGGCCUGGUGACGUCGGGCCACGGUUAACGUGGACCCAGGGCUGGGGAAGGGGGCGUCCUCCUUGGCUGUGGCGGUGGUCCUGGGGCAGGCUGAGACACUCCCGGGGGUCGGGAGCGGUGGCCACCCCGGACAGGCGAGGACCGGACUUCUCAGCGGAUGCUUUCUUUACAUGUCGAAAAAAUGCCCUUCUGGCGAAGAGCUCGUCCCCCCAGGUAGAGGGUGACUUUGCCAUGGCCCCUCAGGGGCCUGACCAAGAGGAGUGUGAGGGCCUGCUGCAGCAGUGGCGAGAAGAAGGGUGGAACCAGGCACUGUCAACUGCGAGUGAGGGUCCUCUUGCAGAUAAGAGACUAGCUGAGAGCAGUCUGGCACUCCUGAUGGAUAAUUCCGGAGAACAGGAUGCUGCCUCGGAGGACAAGUGGUCCAGCAGGCAGCUGAGUGACCUUCAGGCAGCAGAGAACCUGGACCAGCCUUUCCCUGAGGUGCUAGGGGAGGAGCCACUGGCCGAGGUUGAGGGUCCUUUGUGGGAAGCUGUUCCGGUGCAGACAGGGCCCCAGUACGCAGACUGUGCUGUUCUCCCAAUGGGCGCAAUGGCUGCAGAGCAAUGGGAAGAGGACCCAGCAAUGGUGGCCUGGAGCAUAGCACCGGAACCUAUGCCCCAGGAAGACACUUCCAUGUGGCCCUUUGAAGGCCUGGAGCAGCUGCAACCUCCCCCAAUGGAAAUACCGUAUCAUGAGAUCCUGUGGCGAGAAUGGGAGGAUUUCUCCACGCAGCCAGAUGCUCAGGGUCUGGAGGCAGGGGAUGGCCCUCAGUUCCAGUUCACUCUGAUGUCGUAUAAUAUCCUGGCCCAGGACCUAAUGCAGCAGAGCUCAGAGCUCUAUCUGCACUGCCAUCCAGACAUCCUCAACUGGAACUAUCGCUUUGCCAACCUCAUGCAGGAAUUCCAGCACUGGGACCCUGAUAUCCUGUGUCUCCAGGAAGUCCAGGAAGACCAUUACUGGGAGCAGCUGGAGCCCUCUCUGCGGAUGAUGGGCUUUACCUGUUUUUACAAGAGGAGGACUGGGUGUAAAACGGAUGGCUGCGCUGUGUGCUACAAGCCCACCAGGUUUCGUCUGCUCUGUGCCAGCCCUGUGGAGUACUUCCGGCCUGGAUUGGAGCUCCUCAAUCGGGACAAUGUCGGCUUAGUGUUGCUGCUGCAGCCGCUAGUGCCGGAAAGUCUGGGGCAAGUCUCAGUGGCUCCCCUAUGCGUGGCAAAUACCCACGUCCUGUACAACCCACGUCGGGGUGAUGUCAAGCUGGCCCAGAUGGCCAUUCUCCUGGCUGAGGUGGACAAGCUGGCCAGGUUGUCAGACGGCAGCCACUGCCCUAUCAUCUUGUGUGGGGACCUGAAUUCUGUCCCUGAUUCACCUCUCUACAACUUCAUCAGGGAUGGAGAGCUCCAGUACAAUGGGAUGCCAGCCUGGAAGGUCUCUGGACAGGAAGACUUCUCUCAUCAGCUUUACCAGAGGAAGCUGCAGGCCCCACUGUGGCCCAGCUCCCUGGGCAUCACUGAUUGUUGUCAGUAUGUUACCUCCUGUCAUCCCAAGAGAUCAGAGAGACGGAAGUAUGGCCGAGACUUCCUACUACGAUUCCGCUUCUGCAACAUUGCGUGUCAGCGACCAGUAGGACUGGUUCUCAUGGAAGGAGUGACCGAUACUAAGCCAGAUCGACCUGCUGGUUGGGCCGAGUGUAUCUUUGAGGAAGAGAUAUCUGAACUUGAGCCUGUCUUCCCAAGGACAAUAGGCACCAUCCAGCACUGCCUCCACCUGACCUCAGUAUAUACCCAUUUCCUGCCCCAGCAUGGCCGCCCAGAGGUCACGACGAUGCCCUUAGGUCUUGGGAUGACAGUGGAUUACAUUUUUUUCUCAGCUGAAUCCUGUGACAAUGAGAACAGAACUGAUCACAGGCUGGACCGAGAUGGAACUCUGAAGCUCCUGGGCCGCCUCUCCCUCCUCUCUGAAGAGAUUCUCUGGGCUGCCAAUGGCUUACCCAACCCCUUCUACUCUUCAGACCAUCUCUGCUUGCUUGCAAGCUUCGGCAUGGAAGUCACUGCCCCAUGAGGGCCCCCAGGGAGAGAGCUCACUGGAUCGGACGACUGCAAAUGCCCCGUGCUGUGGAAACUUAUGUCCCUUCCCUUGUUCCCUCCUGCCCGUGGUCAGACUUUCUCCAGGCCUGCCCACGUUCUCUGCCUGUGGUCCCUGCCCUGCCUCAGCCUCUUCCUAAUCCUGUGCCACAUGCUAGGUGGCCCUGGGAGAGGUGGAAAGCAUUCCUCUUCCUUCCAUGUACCCAGCGCCCCCUCCCCCAUUGAUUUUUAAUGACCAGGGUUGCGGGAGUUAUUGAUCUCAUUGGUUAUUUGCUUUCAGGCCAUUUCAUGGUGGCACCCUCUGACCCAACCUUCCUCCUCCCUUCAUGACCUCUGGGCUCUGGUACACACAAGCAAGGUGUGUGUAAAGCAUGAGUUCUCUUGGGAUGGGACUGCCCAGCACAGCCAGGCCUGCCUCUGCCUAGACCAUGUACCACCAUGAGGUUUUGGGCUAGGGACAGGUUGAGAGCAUGACAUAGUAGCUGUGUGCUGCCAGGAGGCAGCAGAUGUGGGGCCCUUUUCUCCCUUUCAUUUGUCAGUCAUCUGGGCAUCCUGGCACACUUGUUAUUUCUGGAGACAAAUUGGCCCAUAGCCUGGAGCAGCAGCUCAGGGAUACACCAUAGCCCAGCUCUCCUCAGGCCCAGAUGAUUUUAGUAGGACUUCCCUGAGGAAUGCAGUUUGAUAUCUUGUGUUGGGGUUGAGUGGGCUGGCGCAGUGUUGUGAGGUUUGAAGCAUUUUAAGGAUAAGGAGACGGAAUGUUCAGGAGCUGUGGUCUCACUCAACUCUGCAGAACUGAGUUGGAGUCCCCGUAGAAAGAGCAGGAGGCUCUAUAGCAGCCUUAGCCAGCACAAGAGCCCCAGGAGCUUGACCUCUGACCUCUGCACACCUAAGAAAGUCUCUUCUCACUCUUCUUUCCCUACUCCCUGCCUUCCUUAUUCCCUUCUGUUUUCUCUCUGAAGAAGCCUGCUGUUCAGCUCAGGCCAAAACAUCUCAACAAAAGCCUGCAUUUGGGCAAACUAGAUCUAAGAAUUCAGGAUGGCAGUACUUGCAGAUUUGCUCUGCCUUUCCUCCCCAAACACAGGGUUCCCUGGCCUACUCAAGAGCCCUGUAGUCUAUACCUGCAUCACCUGCAUGCCUUACUCCUCACUGGGGUGUAGCCUAGGGUGUCCUUAGGCCAGAUCCUCCACAUAGCUUUAACUCAGUAUCUGCUGGCCCUUGUGUCUGUCUGCACUAUUAAGCCCAGAGACUGGAAGCAGUUGACUGAGAGGUUGUGGCUAGGCACGGUGGGCCAGACGUUAUAUUCUUUCCUUUAUUUGAAAGCCAAAGACCUGGCUGGAAUGUUGCUGCUGCAUUGCUGACUCUCAGUUUCCCAUGCUCAGGUUCUGGGGGAACUUCUUUUCCUGUGUGUGUCUGUUUUUAAGUUUUGUUUUCUGGGUAUUGGACAUUUGCCUGUCUGAGCCCCAGGCCCAUCUGUCCACGGCCCACUUUCCACCGUCUCUUUCUGGGCACCUCCUGAGAUGGUUUCACUACUGUGCCCUGUUGGUUCUCAGGACAAGGGCCACUAAUCGUUCCCUCUGUCAGGAAAUGCAGAUUCAACUGCUAAAGAAGGUGGAAAGCCAGAGCUUGAUGGUUUAUCUUUUCCUUGUUUCUUAUUUGUUUCUGUUUUGAAAUGAAGUGUGGGGGUUUAAAUGGCUUAUAAAACUGCACUCUGGAGCCAGCAGAACCAGGCAACGUUUUUCCAAAUAAAGGCUGAUCAUGCCCCCUC